AUGUCUUCCGCCGAAGGCGACCCUGGGCCGCCAGUCAAAUACGCGCACGCAGCACCCAAAGGAGAAGAGCUGGAGCAAUGGAAAACUUCGAUACUCGCCAUGAUCGACAAGCGGGUUGAUCUAUACCCACGGAUCCGGCAUCCCAUACGCACUUCAUUCGAUCGCCUUCUCAGAGCCCUGGCUGCUUUCUUUCGCAAGAUCCCCGCAACCUUGUACGGACUUCUCUUCGUGGAAAGAGCUGGGCGGAUAGCCGGAGCCACCAGUGGUGCCCAAGAUCAACAGCUUAGUGACCCUGUGCAGCGAGUUGUUGUAGCUGCUGAGUGGGUCGGUCAUAUCCCCGAGCUCGUUGAGAACAUCCUACGUUUUGCGGAUCCUGCCACUCAGAUUCGUUCGGCAUGGAACACUUCUUUCGCCUGGAGGCAAACCGCUGCUGGUGUCAUUGCCAGAUCCCAAGGCCCAGAUUCAUUUCAGGGCACUCGUCCCUACGGUGCCGUAGAAGAGUGGCAAGCCAGGCCUACUGAGUUUGCCCUCGCUGGUCGGAAUCCAACCAUUGAAGAGAUGCAAAACCUUCAACGCGAUGUUGCCUUAUCUCUCGCAACUAUACGGCGACGUCCGGGUACAGGCGCCCUUAACAAAGGAAUCCGUGUGCCCAUAUUUCCAACCCGAAUAACAUGCUCAACCCUACUUCCCCGCUCUACGGUCGAUUCAUACAACGAACUAAGAGCCUGCUCCAUGCUUCGUAACCACACUUGUGCUGCCGGCGUACAAGGCUGGCAUGAAUUCACUCAGCUGAGAAUCAACCCUUAUCUUUCAGCUGUGUUUCAAGGCAUCGUGUUGACCGAUAGAGGUACACUGGAAAUCAAGCUCAGGCCGCAAAGUCAUGUGGAUAAUUUGUUGUUUCCGUGCGCGAAGCCUCCGGCUCUACGAGACGUAGUUUGGUCAAUGCAGCUAUCACAGCCCCCGUGUAAGGUAGUGGAUGUGUCCGUCCAAGUGCCGUACUGGUGUUUCGAUGGAUGGAAGACUUACCCCAGCGGAGAUCCGGUUGAUUGUAGUCACGAGGCUACAUAUGACGGCGUCCAACAAAUUGAGAAAAUAUCCAACAACGACGGUGUCACAUGCGGUCAGAUCAUUGAGGUACUCGAGAGUCGUACGAUCGCUUGCUUGCUUCAUUGGCAAGCUUGCGCUGCCAAGUUGCGAACAGAAGUCGAGACUAUGGAGGAGUUCACGGAUUUGUGGUGUCUAUCGGGAGCGCCUAAGUUCGUGCUUCGACUAGGACAGGAUACAACAAACGGUAGCGAAUCCUGGAAGCAAGCGGACAGACAUCGCCCGCUGGUAGCUUCUUCAGUCAUCGAGCGUCAGCUUGAAUGGCUGCCAAUGGAUUUGGUCCGGGUCGAGGAGUACACAGAGAUUCGCGACGGAAAGAUUUAUCACUACCCCGCCGAUCUUGAGCACUGA